CUGAAAGUAAAUAAACAAGUAAAAUGUCAUUUGUUGCAGUUAUUGGCAAAGAUAAUGCCCCGAUGUACCUGACUACAUCGGAUAUGGAGCAGGAGCUGGACCUGCAGUACCAUGUACACGCCGCUCUGGACGUGGUAGAGGAGAAGUGUUUGAUUGGCAAGGGAGUUCCCGAGUCAAAGGAGCUCUACCUGGGACUUUUAUAUUCCACAGAGAAUCAUAAAAUCUAUGGCUUCGUCACCAAUUCCCGGGUGAAAUUCAUAGUGGUCAUUGAUUCCAGCAACGUUGCUCUGCGGGAGAACGAGGUGCGAGCGAUCUUUCGAAACCUGCAUAUCCUCUACACAGAUGCCGUCUGCAAUCCCUUUUACAUUCCGGGCGAGUCCCUGACUUCCAAAAAAUUCGAUCGUGCCGUACAAAAAUUGAUGAGCGGCAACGCAUAGCUUUAGAUAACAGCUAAAUGGGCAAUAAAGUAAAAUUAUUUAUAAUCGAA